AUGUCUUACAGUCCGAGCUAUUACAACGCCGGAGGGCCGGGGUCGGACUAUGCAAAUUCCCCAUACGGCACCGGAACCAACACCCCAACUCGAUCAUAUCCGCAUGGAGCACCAGUUGUCUCUCGCCCCACAUGGCAAACAGAGAAGGUAGAAGAAGAGCUGGCGCUGCAUAUUAAGAAGGCUCUUUCUCCAGAGGAAACCGCUCCCAAGCAAAAGCAUGUUCGCGCCUGCAUCGUGUACACGUGGGAUAUUAAAGGAUCGGGUAGUUUUUGGAUGGCGAUUGAAACCUUCCCGGUGCUGGGGGACGAACUUGUGACUUUCAAAGCUUUGAUUACUGCUCACAAGGUUAUUCGGCAAGGGCAUCCCAACGUACUGAAGGAUGCAAUAGGCCAAACUGGAUGGUUCGACACCCUUACCCGUAGCGUACCUCCUCAUAGUACCCGAGGAUACGGCGUUCUUAUUAGAGCUUACGUCCAAUUCCUUUUGGCAAAGCUUGACUACCACCGUCUACAUCCAGAAUUCAGUGGAACCUUUGAUUACGAGGAAUAUGUAACUUUGAAAGGAGUUGAGGACCCCAACGAAGGUUUUGAAACUAUCAAUGAUCUCCUAGGUCUAUUGGAUAAGCUUGAUUCUCUUCAAAAGUUGAUCUUUGUGAACUUCAGACCUAGUUCCAAUAAUGAGGCGAGGAUAGCAGCACUCGUUCCGCUGGUUGAGGAGAGUCAUGGGAUUUACCAAUUCCUAAUCAACAUGUUGAUGGCAAUGCACAAGAUCAUUGGAUCUGUGGAAGUACUUGCUCCCCUCCGGGAGAAAUUCAAUGCUGGUCACUACGCACUUUUUCGCUUUUACUAUGAAUGCUCGACACUUAAAUACCUGACGUCGCUCAUCACGGUGCCGAGAUUAUCACAAGAUCCCCCAGACUUCCUUGCCCAGGGGCCCCCUACAUUACCACCCCGAGGAGAGUCUCCCAACAAGCAAGCGGAGAUUGAUCUUUUCAACGAACAGCAGGCCGCAUUCGAAAAGCAACUGAUUGAAGACCAACAGCGUGAAGAGCAGCGGCUGCAAGCGGAAAGAGAAUUGGAACUUGCGCGACAACGACAGCAGCAGCAGCAGCUUGAGGCGCAAAGGCAACUCGAACUGCAACGGCAACAGCUUGAAGGACAGCGACAGCAGGAGGAAUUUCGACGACAGCAGGAGGCCGAGCGGAGACGGUUAGAGGAGGAGCGCCUGCGUAUGCAACAGCAAGCAAACGCGGCAAAUGCGCAACUGGAGGGCCAGCUCUUACAACAGAGGCUAAUGAACGCGCAGAAUGAGCUGGAGCAAUACCGGAAUCAGUCAUACCGUGACCGUGACACACUAAAUCAGUAUGAGCAGAGAAUACGGGGCUUGGAACAACAAUUGUCCCAGUUGUCCCUGGGCAACCGCGAUAUGGAUGCUGCAAAGGAUGACCUUCUGCGUAGAUUACAGGAGGAACUUGCACAAUGGAAGCAAAAGUACGAAGCGCUGGCUAAGCUGUAUGCUCAGCUGCGAAAAGAACAUCUGGACCUUUUAAACAAGUUUAAAGACGUUCGGGAUUCUGCGAAUCGACAAUCGGAGCAAGCCCGAAAAGAGGUUGAGAAAGCGAAAUCAGACAUGAAAGAAAAAAGUAAUGAGGUCACAGAACUUCUCAUUGAGCGCGAUCGUUUGAAAGGGGAGGUGGAUCGGGUGCGGGCACAGUACGAAGAAGAGAUGAGUCGAUUACGCCGCGACCUGCAAGAUGCCAAGGCUUCCCUGAAUGACCUCUCUGCGUCCAAAGGGGCGGAGUUGCAAAACAUUAUUAGUCGCUUUGAAGCUGAGCGACUUGAGAUGGAGAAUCUGAACAAGGCGAAGCAGCAACAAAUCGACGAAAUGAGGCGAAGAUUGGACGAUGCAGCAGCGGAUAUACAUCGGUCAAAGGCGGUGCGUGAGAAUUUUCUCCUCUCCACUUCGCCCUUACAAGCAAUGAUAGAUUAUAAAUGGGUUUUAGGCGCAAGAGAGGACGCAGCUGUCCUGCAGGCCGGUCUUGAUCAGACGCUACUUGCUCUUGCUGCACAGCAGAGUUUCGUGAAAUUGGUGCAGACAGGUGACCACAAGGAUGCCAUUAGUUCUUCAACCAGUUUUGCACACGCCGUCUCUCAACUUCUCCACAACGCAAAGGGUGUCACACGUCUUGCUUCUGACGAUGAUCAGAUCGACGGGAUCGUCCGUACUGUGAAGACCGGGGCUCUUGGUGGUCGGUUGUUCUUCGAUCAGCUGAAGUCAGGCUCACUGAGCACGAUUGAAACCUCGCGAAGACCGGAACAUAUCGUGGGUCUUUCACGCGAAACUCAGCACCAGCUUGGACGAAUGUCCGCGCUGAUAGAGCAGCUCGUCGUCACCAAACUUGAUGACAAGAGCAAUCUGGAGGACGAAGUAGAACGUCAGAUGAAGAAUGCUGCCGACGCCAUUGAAGAGGCAGCAAAGAGGUUAGCGGCCCUUAUGAACAAACCGCGACAAGGUGCCGAUUUGGACGUGCAUUCGGCUAUCCUGGAGUCAGCUAUGGCAAUGAUGAGUGCCAUUGCGUUGCUUAUACAGCGCGCAACAGAAACUCAGCAAGAGAUCGUCGCACACGGACGCGGCUCAACUAGCACUGGGCAAUUUUACAAAAAGAACAACAAAUGGACCGAGGGACUGAUAUCAGCUGCGCAGGCCGUCGCAGCGGCAACCACAACACUGGUCGAGUGCGCCGACGGACUCAUCUCUGGCACUCAUUCAUACGAACAACUCGUGGUGGCCGCACAGGAGGUCUCCGUGGCGACAACGCAACUCGUUGCGGCAUCACGGGUGAAAUCCAUCCCCUUCUCGAAAACGCAGAUCAAACUCGAAGACGCUGCCGUUGCUGUGCGAAAGGCCACCGACCUUUUGGUCAAAGCGGCCAAAGAGGCGGCAAAACGUAAUGCGGAAUCCAAGGCCCAGGAUGACAUUGGGCGACUCAAUCGGCAUCAAUUGAAAGUGGCCGAAAUGGAACAGAAGGUUAAGAUUUUGGAGAUCGAGAAGGAGUUGCAGACUGCUCGGUAUAGGUUGGGCGAGCUUGUCAAGAAGGGAUAUAGACCUGAGGAUGAUGAAUAG